AUGAAUGCGAAGAAAGCCGGGUCAUCAUUGGAGUCAUUGAUGUCUUCCUUCAAUGCUCGCAUAAAUCAGCUUCAAGAGCUUGUCAUUGCAAGAAACAUGUAUCCGGCGAGCAGCAUCGCCGAUCUAUCGGCGGUGGAUGCUGCGGUGAGUACCAUGGAGCUUCAGGUGCAGGCUAUCAAGGACCGCUUGCGCGAAGAGACAGAAGCCAUUCCCAAAACCAAGAAACUGAUUAAUGCAUCUCUGCGGCAGCAAAAGAAACUGCAGAAUAUGUCUCUUCACGUUCCCUCCCAAAUGGCUGAUAGGAUGACAAUGUUAAAUUCGGAAACUAGUAGAUGUUUGUUUCCUGAAUUUUCUGGACAGGAUUCUGGAUCAUUUGAGACUUUGAAACUUGAAGAGGAGCCUGCAGCAAUACCUAAGGAGAAAAAGGGUCGUGGUUCUCCACCAAUGUGGUAUGUUACAGGAAGUGAAUUAGACUCCUUGUCAUCAUACAUGAGAGGUAGGCUUACUCUAGAGAAGGUGAACGCAGCAAUCAAUGAUAUGGCAUCUUAUGCUGAAACAAAUGCUCAACUUAUCGCAGCUCCGAAGAAGAAGUUGGCAGAAAAUCUUUGGGAAAAAGCCCUGGAAAUAAGAGAUAUUGCUACCAUGGAAGGGAUAAAGGGAAAACACUUUUUUGUUGAAGCUGACAUAAAAGGACCAGCACUCAAACUUGACAACACUGGAAAAGCAAUCUUGACGGUUCUUCGUCACCUUGGCCGCAUUAAUGAGACUCGUGUUGGACAUCAUCGUGUUAUCAUUCUACAAAAGCCUCACUAA